CCUCCCUCAUGGUGGAUCCCGGGACGGUUCAUCAGUUCAGUCCAAUGUCCGGCUGCUUCCAUUGAUUGAUUCAACUGUUUGUUUCUUCUUCCUCAUCGCGGCGGUGUGAAUACCUACCCUGCUGCUGCUGCUGCUGCUGGUGCUAGGAGUAGUCGUUGUCUCGAGAUAUACUGUACAUUGUACAUAUCCAGUAUCUCCCACACCUGACGAAGGGACCGUCCGUUGGAUCAGACCCCGAUCGAAUCCGAUACGACGACCUACGGUACCUCCUCUCUACCUUAUCUGUGUACCGUGCCUAGGUUACUACACCCUACCCAGCUUACGACAACUCGGUGGCUUACUGAAUUUGAUCCCUUACUCAUUGAUAUUUAUCAAGACCUAAUACCUUGUUCGACAACUUGUUGACGGACCGACAGACCGACGGACCGACCGAAUGACCGAAUAGCCGGUGUUCGUGGACCGUACCUGUCAUCAAACCAAGAAUACAAAAGAACCACUGCACAGCCUGGUGAAUCAAGAGUCUGCAAACAAAUUAUUCAAGAAGAUGUAUUUCUCAGGAUCCCUGCUCUCCGCGACAGCUGUACUGCUCCUGCCACUGUUCGGCCGCUGCGUCCCAGUCUUGGAGAGUCAAAUUGAAACCCCAUUGACACCUCACAUCCAAGUCCAACUGCCUCCGCAACCGUUGGCGCAGCCAGACACUCCAACAAGCAACUCGGCGGUGGUGGAUGCAUCACUAGACCAGAUCGUCGAGGCCGGACUCGAAGAGGAUUCCUCCUCCUCCUCUUUUAGGAUUCCAUCACGGUACGAAUCCACAGUUCUCGGACGGCGCCUCCUAGGCCUCUCCAAAACCGGUGUUUUGACCACAACAUUCCCAUCCAACAUCACUUCCGACCGCAUUCCCUCCGACGUGGCCAACACACCGAUCGGAUUGCCAGAAUACAUCGCCUCAUGCGAAGAACCGAGCGGCAACCCGACGAUUCUGGCAAUGACGGUGUCGACAUCGACACAGAAUGCCCUGGCGGGGUCCAACGUCUCGCUCACCCUGUCGUGGUGGGACGAAUAUGUGCAUCUCACGCAUCGGCAGCCGUGGUCGGCGGCCAAUUUGCCCAGGUUGAAUAUGGUGGGGUAUCUUGAGGAAAUCCCGGAAGAUGAGGUGAAAAACAGAGAUAGUCCGGCUUGUUUUACACGCGUGCAUCGUGAUAGUGUUAUGUGGUUGCCGGGGAAGAAGUGGGCUGCUCAUAAGGGGGUGUGGAUGAGGUUGAUUGUCAGGGAGGUUUAUUGGAUUGGUGGGUUUGGGGAUCGGAAUUAUAUUGGUUGGUUUGAUACGGAUGAAUGGGCUAAUGUUAAGGUCGACGAGUGGUUGAAAGUGAGGCUGCCGGGGGAGAAAUGAGAGGAUGGAUAUGGAUACUAUGGGAAUGAGGUGGAAUUGUGGAUGGAAUAGACUGGCCGGGGAGCCAGACAGCCAGACAGCUUGUGUAAUGGCGGAAGGAAGAAAAGGGGUGUUGAAUAUAUGUAUGGCGGCCUUCAAAUUGGGUGAAGGUGAAGGUGGGGAUUGGAUAUAGUCUGAAAGAGCGUGCUCUGCUUUAUUCAUCGGUCUGAGUGAAUCCCGGCCGUCUAAAUGAGAUGAUCGUACAUAUCCAGUCAGCCAGCGAGGUAGUAUGGUCACUUAGGUGACUCGGCUGCGCAUGUAUUGCGCAAGAAUUAAUUUGAUCGUUCCCGGAUGCUGCCCGUACUUCUGCG